UUUGAAAUUCUUUUUCUAGAUAAUUAAUCUUGUUAAAGUAAAUUUUAAUUAUUAAUUUUAUUCUAUGAAGUCACAAUAUUGUUACCUAAUAGUGAUAGGGAAAAAGGGGGCGCCGUUGAUAAUGUUUCAUGGUGAAAGAAUGGAUUGAGAUAAAAAAAUUUGUGGAGGAGGUUCAUUUAAAGUCUGACAAUUUUCACUCUUUGUUCCCAUUGACUUUGUGGUCCACGUAGCACCACAAGGGAUGAUUUCAGAUAUUUAAUGCAUUAAAUGGUGGUAAAAUGACAAUCACGACUACUAAAUUAAUUAACCAUACAGCGUCAGCCAUUUUUCCCAUUUAAUUUUAUUACAGUAAAGAUGAUCUCUUUUCAUCUUCAACUUACAUAAAAAGCAACGUAUAGCUUGCUGUACCUGAUCUUGCUCUGCACUUUGCUAAAAAAAAACCUUCUUUCAUUUCCCUUAAUAUCUUUCAUUUCGAAGAAGAAAAACAUGGCUGAGGUGGGAAUUGCAUUUCUCUCUGCCCUCCUUGGAGUCGUAUUUCAAAAAAUAGCUUCUCCGGGAGUCGUUGAUUUCGUUUACAAACAAAAAUCAACAGAACAACCCUUAAAGAAGUUGGAGAUAGCAUUACUGCCAUUGAAUGUGGUGCUGGAAGAUGCGGAAGAAAAGCAAAUUACGAAUCCUAAUGUGAAAAGGUGGAUUGAUGAGCUUAAAGAUGUUGCCUAUACUGCAGAAGACAUAUUGGAUGAGAUUGCUACUGUAGCCCUCCGACGCCAGUUGCAUGUUGAAUUCAAACCCGUUGCAGGAAAGGUACGAAACUUCUUCUCUAGUACUUUUCUUAAUCCUUUUGUCCAUCGGGUAGAGGCGAAGAUUAAAGAGGUACUUGAUAGACUCGAAUAUCUAACAAAGCAAGAGGAUUCUAUGGGUCUACAAGUAGGAGUUGCAGGAAAACAAUAUCCUGAAAGGUUGACCACUGCUCAUGUCGUAGAGUCCGACACUUUUGGUAGGGAUGAAGACAAGAAAAAAGUAAUUGACUUAUUGCUCUCGUCUGAUGUCGGGGGCAAUGAAAGGUGGGUGAUUGCCAUCUUUGGCAUGGGGGGAGUCGGCAAGACUACCCUUGCUCAAUUGGUAUACAAUGAAAGUAGAGUGAAACAUCAUUUCGACCUUAAAAUAUGGUUUUGUGUUUCAGAAGAAUUUGAUAUGCCCAAGGUAGAGAAAUCUAUUAUAGAGGCAGCAACUUUGUCACCUUGUCAUAAAUUUGAGAAUCAAGAGGUGCUUCAAGUUAAACUAAGGGAGAAUUUGAAUGGCAAGAGAUUUCUCCUUGUUUUGGAUGAUGUUUGGAGUGAGAAACCUAUUCAUCGGGAGUUCCUAGAACAACUCUUGCAAUAUGGGGCUCGAGGAAGUAAGAUCCUUGUCACCACAAGGAAUGAAAGCGUUGCAUGGGCCAUGCAUGCUAUUGAACCUCAUCAUCUAAACCAUUUACCAGAUAAUGAUUGUUGGUCCCUCUUUGCAAAACAUGCAUUUCCUGAUGGUAGCUCCAACACAGAUCCAAAGAUAGAUGAAAUAGGUAGACAAAUUGUGAAAAAGUGCAAAGGUCUACCUUUAGCAAUCAAAGCUAUUGGCGAUCUCUUGUGGUCUGAAUCAAAUGUCGAGAGAUGGACGAAUAUAUUGAAGAGCAAUUUAUGGGAUCUUCCCAUGAAGGGGACAAACAUUCUUCCGGCUUUGAUGUUAAGUUAUAAGAAUCUCCCCUCAUAUUUAAAAAGAUGUUUUGCUUAUUGUUCGAUAUUCCCAAGAGAUUAUACUUUUGAAAAAGAUGAAUUAGUUUUAUUAUGGAUGGCGGAAGGUUUCUUGCAAGAAUCCAAAAUAGAAACUAUGGAAGAAGUUGGCAAUUGUUACUUCGAUGCUCUUGUAUCAAGAUCUUUAUUUCAACAAUCACUUGAAACUAAGUCAGGUUUUGUAAUGCAUGAUCUUGUCAACGACUUGGCAAAUUUCGUGACUGGGCAAUUUGGCUUUACACGGUUGGAGGGUGAUAAUUCAAAAGAAAUUGGGAGGAUGACUCGCUAUUUAUCGUAUUUCGAUGGAAGUUCAGAUAACUUUGAAAAGAAUAUUGAAGAGGAUCUUUACAAGGCCAAGCAGUUGCGCACUUUCCUAGUAUUAGAUUGUAAGGAAUGGAGUGAAAUCAAAAUGCCAAGGGCAUGGUGCUUAAAAGUUCUUUCUCUAUCUAGGAUAAUGCAGCUAACUGAGUUGUUUGAUUCAAUUAGCAAAAUGAAACAUUUACGUUAUUUGGAUGUUUCUGACUCAUUUAUUGAAGGAUUGCCAGACUCCAUAUGUAUGUUGUACAAUUUGCAAACGUUGAAGUUAUCAAGGUGUAGCGAGUUGGAAAGAUUGCCAAGAGAUAUGUGGAAACUCAUUAAUUUACGUCAUCUUCAAAUUGAUGGAACUAGACAAUUAAAGGAGAUGCCGAUACAAAUGGGUAGAUUAAAUUGUCUCCAAACAUUAUCCAAAUUCAUCGUCAACAAACAUGACAGUGGGUCUAGCAAUAUUGGAGAAUUGGGAAAUCUAAUAAAUCUUCGGGGAAAUCUUUUAAUUCAAGAGCUCCAAAAUAUUAGAUCAGCCAAGGAUGCUUUGGAUGCAAGGUUGAAGGAUAAGCGUUACCUCGAGGAGUUGGUGUUAAAAUAGAAUCCUCCAGAAGAAGUACUUGGUAUUUCGGAAAGUCAAAGAGGUGUAAUUGAAAAUCUGCAAUCUCCUGCAAAUUUGAAAAGUCUCACCAUCAACUGCUACAACGGGAGAGGUUUUCCUGAUUGGAUAGGACCAGGGCUUCCUUCAUUGUCUAAGUUGGAAUUACUUGAUUGCAAAUAUUGUAGUGCCUUGCCACCUCUUGGGCAGCUACCUUCUCUUAAUGAACUCUACAUUGUUGGGUUGGAUGGAGUUGUUACUGUGGGUCCAGAGUUUUAUAUAAAUAGUUGUUCUUUUCAGAAUCCAUUUGGAAGACUGAAACUUCUAUGGUUGAAGAAUAUGCCGAAUUGGGAAGAUUGGUUUCAUUUGAAUGUCCAAAAUGAAGUCAAAACUUAUUCUCAACUCGAAGAGUUGUAUAUUGAGAAUUGCCCCAAGCUGAGAGGAAGGUUGCCUGUACAUCUUCCUUCGUUAAAAAUACUUAAGAUUAUGGAUUGUCAACGUCUCGAGGCUUCGCUUUCCAUAGAAUCUUUCCCAGUACUUACCCCUAAGGAAAUAACUGGGUGUGAUAAUUUGGGAUCGUUUGCACUUCCAGAACAACAUGAACAUGAUAAAAUAGUGGACUUUAAUAAUUGUCUUCAAGAGCUACUAAUCUGCCAUUGUUCCUCGCUCGUGUCCCUUCUCAUGGAAGAUUUACUCUCUACAUUGAAAGUACUUUGGAUCGAUGAUUGUAAGAAGUUGGAGCUCCCAUGCCCUGGCAACAUUCAUCCCUUGAAAAUUUGUACUUGAGAGAUUGUUGUGAUUCUCUGACGUCCUUUCCAUUAGACCUAUUCCCCAAUCUGAAGCAUAUCCAAAUCCAAUGGUGCAGGAACUUGCAAUCUUUAGAACCACAUGGAGUUGAUUUAGCGAUAUCAGAUAUAAAAAUUCAUGGAUGUCCUAAUUUUAUAUCUUUUCCAAAAGGAGGAUUGCUUGCCCAUAACCUUGUAAGCUUUAUUGUCAAAAACUGUGAGAGCUUGAGGUCAAUGCCGGAUGAGAUGCACCGAUUCCUUCCGUCUCUUUGUUAUUUGGAGUUAGUAGAUUGUCCAAGAAUUGAGUCGUUUCCAGAAGGGGGGUUGCCUUCCAAUCUUAAGCAAAUUGUGAUCAGUAGGUGUAAGAAACUCAUUGCAAACAGGAUGGGAUGGGGUUUGCAAAUACUCCCAUCUCUUGAAUGGUUGGAAAUAAUUUGGGAUGACAAAUUAGAAGAUCAUGUGGAGUCCUUUCCUGGGGGGUUGUUGCUGCCCACCACUUUGACCAAUCUUAAGAUCUCUUCAUUUGGAAAUUUGAAAUCUUUGGACAAGGAGGGGUUUCAACACCUCACCUCCCUUGAAGAAUUGCACCUCAAUGACUGUCCCAAUCUCAGAUACAUGCCAGAAGAGGGGUUUCCUACUUCCCUUCAUGUUUUAAAAAUAAAGAACUGUGAUCCUGUGUUGAAGGAAGAGUUGGAAAGGAAAGAAGGAGAAGAAUGGCUCAAGGUGACUUGCGUCCCCAACAUAAUAAUUACUCACAAAGUCAUCCAAGGAGAUUAUUUUUGGGAAGUUUAUGCCAUAAUGAUCAGUCCGUAUGCACCACCACCGUAUGAGUAUGAGUACGAAUAGAUCUCCUGCGAAUAAUUGACAGCUAGCUUUCAGAAUGUAUUAACAAGUUCUAGGAAUGUUGAAAACAACUUGUGUAACUGGCUGAAUUCCUGAGGAACUCGAGUAUAUAGACUUAGAGCACAUCUUGGAAGUUUGAACGUUUGGAAGUUUGUAAUAUUUACUUUAUUGUUGUUGGGAAUAUUUGUUGGACAUUUAGAAGUAUGUAAUUUAAUUUAUUUUGGUACAUUUGGAAGUUUGUAAUUUGUUGUUGUUGGCUUGUUGGGAACAAUUAAUUUGGUUUGCACUUAGAAAACAUUGGAUUUCAUUUUA